GCCAGCGGGGCGGCUCCGGCUGGGGAGGAGCUGCGGCUCCGCGGGGGUAGGGAACGCCUGCUGAGGGCAGCCCGCCGGCUGUAGCGGGGAGCACCGCCCGGGCACUGGCCCCGGCCAUUCCAUAGGUUAACCUGCCCCAGGGCACGUUUGGGUUGGACAUUAGGAGGAAUUCCCUCACAGAAGGGGUCAGCAGAUGUUGGCAGGGGCUGCCCAGGCCGGCGGUGGGGGGGUGUCCCCAUUCCUGGAGGUGUUUAAGGAAAGGUUGGACGCGGCUCUCAGUGCUCUGGCCUGGGUUGACGAAGUGGGGGUCGGUCACAGAUUGGACUUGAUGGUCUCAGAGGACUUUUCCAACCUCAGUGAUUCUGGGACUCUUGCCCUGGCGAGGGGGCUCUGGGCGCUCCUGCUGCAGGUGCCAUUCCUGUCGCUGGCAAGUGGAGCUCGCCUGUGGUAUUGCUUUUGGGAGUGCUGGAGCCACCAGGAUUCAGUGAUGGAGGCUUUGCUGGAAGGAAUGCAAAGAAGUGGGCACGGGAGUGGCGGCUUCUUGACCUCCUGUGAGGCCGAGCUGCAGGAGCUGAUGAAGCAGAUUGACAUCAUGGUGGCUCACAAGAAAUCCGAAUGGGAAGGGCAGACACAGGCUUUGGAAGCUUGUCUGAGUGCUCGGGAGCAGGAACUGUCCUCUACCAAGGCAGCUCUGCAGGAAAAACAAAAGGAGGUUGCCGUGUUGCGUCGCCAGGUCGAAGAUGUGGAAAAAUCCAAGCAGGACAUGGUCAGAGAGUAUGAACAACAGCUGAAGAAAUUCCAGGAGGAGUUGUCCCGGCUGAGGAGGAGCUAUGAGAAGCUGCAGAAGAGAAAAACAAGAAGCAGAGGAGAAGCUAACAAAGGACAAGAGGAGGACAAGUUUGAGUUGAGCCGACUGACCAGGAAGCUGGAGGAGUUCCGUCAGAAAUCACUUGACUGGGAGAAGCAGCGCCUGCAGUACCAGCAGCAGGUGGCAUCGCUGGAGGCUCAGCGCAAGGCUCUGGCAGAGCACUCCGAGCUCGUGCAGUUUGGCUUUAGUGCAGGUGCUUGCUGUUGGCAGAGCCAGCUGGCCAGUAGGAAGCAGGUCCUGGACUCAGUGGAGCUGGCGAGCCGCUCGGAAAUCCAGCACUUGAGCAGCAGGCUGGAGAGGGCCAAGGACACCAUCUGUGCCAAUGAGCUGGAGGUGGAGAGGCUCAGCAUGAGGGUGGAUGACCUGAGCGAGGACAACCACAUCAUCCUGGAGGAUCAGCAGAGAGUUCAAGAAGAAUUAAGGCAGUCCAAGAAAAUGAUAGAGGUGCUGCAGGAUGAGAAGAUGGAACUGAGAGCCACCUUGCAGUCCCAAGAAGAUUUCAUUGACAGCUCCAAGCUGCACCAGGAACAGUUACAGAAAGAGCUGGCCAGGAUGACUGAAACUCUUCACACAAAAGAAUUCCUCAUCAGGGCCUUGGAGGAGCGCUUGCAGGGGAAGCUGUUGUCCUCUGCAGGGCUGGAGCUGGAGCAGGUGCUGCUGCAGCUGGAUGUUGCCCAGAAGAAGGAGCAGCACUUGCAGUCAGAGGUGACUCGUCUUGAGAACAGCCUGGUGUCUUCAAAUGCCAGGUGUGUGCAACUGAGUGAGGAGCUGGGUGAGAAUAUCAAAGAGCUGCAGUCCCUGGAAGAGGACCAGACUGAGUCAAGGGCAGAGAUUAAAAAGCUGAAAGACCAGCUCUCUGAGGCUGAACAAACGCACAGCAGUGAGCUAGAAGGGCUGAGAAGGGAGAUCUCCAGGCUGACACAGGAGCUGCACCAGCGGGACAUCACCAUUGCAUCGGCAAGCGGCUCCACCUCAGACCUGGAGCAGCAGCUCAGGGCAGAGAUUGAAAAAGCAGAGAGGAAAGCAGUGGAGCACAGGGUAAUUCUGGUCCAGCUGGAAACUCUGAGGCUGGAAAACCGUCAUCUCUCAGAGAUUCUGGAGAAAACAGAGCGUGGUAAGCUGAAGGGGGAUGAUGGCACCCUGAGGGCACUUGAGCUCCAGAAAUUAAUAUCUGAGAACCAGCAGCUGCGGAAAGACCUCGCAGAGACCAGGGCAAAACUGGGGGUCACUGCACAGGGGCAAGGCAAAGAGCCCAGGGAUGUGCAGCACAGGACAGCUCAGGAAGCACAGCACGAGCAGGAUGAGCACACAGAGGGGACACAUCUCCAGCCUGACAGGACUGCUCAGCAUCAUCACAGGGACUCCCACAAGUGUGGAGCUGCUGAAACAGGAACUGUGACCCCUGAGGUGGGUGAGCCACCCUCCCAGAGCAGCAGCAAGAACUGCAAGGAGUCACGUGCCCAGCUGGCAGUGGAACCUGUGCUCCAUGUGGUGGAUGAAAACAAAGAUUCUGCAGAUGAAGCAUCUAAGCAGCCUGCCUCAAAUCAUCACAGAGAAUCUGUGUUUUUGUGCCCCUUGCCUACAGCUUCUGUCGGAUCCAUUGCUGCACGAUACCUGGAAGAUGAAGAAGUGAGAUCCCAGCACAUCCUGGAGUGCCUAAAUGCUCACAUUGAGGAACUGAAAAAAGAGAGUGCAAAGAUCGUGAGACGAUUUGAACACCAGGAAUGAUGUUUCCUGUGGAACUGGAAUGCUGGUUUCCUUAUGUGGUUCCAAACUGGGACUGGGAAGGUGCCUAUAUUCAGUUGGGAUUGGAGCUGGAGUGAGAGGCCAUGUGUCCCACGGGGAGCUGAAUCAGCAGGAUGGGAGCUGAGGAGAAGAAAUUCCUGUCUACAUGCACGCUCUGAUGAGGGGUGUUACACCACAAACAGCCAGCUUGCCAUAGGUCAGAGACCUGCAUCAGAGCUAUGUGCUCACCCACAAGGAUUAUGGUGUUUUUUAAAAGCAAACCAUUUGCUAGUUUUAAUGUAAAGUAUUUAAAGUAUAUUUUAUACCUGUAAAAGCAUCGAAAUAAAUCAGAAUGGUGAACA